AUGGCAGGAGCGCUGGUGCGGAAGGCGGCGGACUAUGUCCGGAGCAAGGACUUCCGGGACUACCUCAUGAGUACGCACUUUUGGGGCCCAGUAGCCAACUGGGGUCUUCCCAUCGCCGCCAUCAAUGACAUGAAGAAGUCCCCAGAGAUUAUCAGUGGGCGGAUGACAUUUGCCCUCUGCUGUUACUCCCUCACGUUCAUGAGAUUCGCCUACAAGGUGCAGCCUCGGAACUGGCUCCUGUUUGCCUGCCACGCCACCAACGAAGUAGCCCAGCUCAUCCAGGGAGGACGGCUGAUCCGGCACGAGAUGUCUAAAAAGGCAUCAGCGUAA